GUUUUUUCCUGCUGUGCUAGAUCUGCUAAAAUGCAGAUCAUUGCCUCAACGCAGCAGAAAGACCGUUCCUCUUGAAAGAGAUCAUGUGACUCCAGAUGCGAAGCAGAUAACUUCAGCCCAUCCCUUUCUCUGCCUGAGAUUCAGGAUGCAUGGUGACAAACCAGCUCUUCAACAGCACGCACACAGUGCAGCUGGAGGGCUGCAGCCAUGAACUUUCACAUCAGGCUGGACAAUGAAUACGGUGUUUUCCCCUGACUGUUUCUGAAGAGCAGCGCUCAAGAAAUUUCCUCUCGGGAAGCUGUAUAAAUAGGUGGAGGGCAAGUGCAUUGCAGCUCCUGAGCUCCAGAGCCCCAGAGCGAAUCGGAGCACCUGUUCCGCAGAGCUGUGCCCCUCAUUGUGCAGUUCUGCUUCCAAAAAGGGGCUGCUUUCUCUUAACAAAAGAAUCUUCUAAAGGUACUCUUGUAGAAAAAAUCCCGAUAUUGCUGAAGCAGAAAGAAAAAAACAGUCCGCUCAUUGGGAGUGCUAGGAGGUGCCCAGGAGCCCCGAGGGGUGUAAUCCUCAUCACAGAAGGAGCAGACAGGAAAGUGUGUAAUGCAAACAGCUGACAGAAACAUGCUUCGUAUCAGCAGCAAUUAAAACUGAUGGGCAGCACCAUUGGAACCAUGGGGUGCAGCAGUUCUGUAGCUGACAGAAGGUCAGAGAAAGCCAUUAGAGCUGCUAUCCUCAUCCAGAAUUGGUACCGCUUCACGAUGGCCCGGCUAGAAAUGAGGCGCCGCUAUUCUCUGAAUAUCUUUCAGUCAAUCGAAUAUGCUGAUGAGCAAGAUCAACUACAGCUAUCCAACUUCUUUACAUUCAUGCUGGAUCACUGUACUCAACCUGAUUCAGUUUCUCACAUUUUCACCAGCCCUGGUGUUUCUCAGAUGUUGGAUGAAGGCUUAUGUUUAACAGAAUUUGAAAAGAAGAUUGAUGUUCCAGACUCCUAUUAUGGACCACGACUCUCAUUCCCCCUUACUGUUAAAGAUGCCAAUGCUCUUCUUCAUGCUUUCAGGAAUGAACAGCUGCUUCAUGCCCGCUAUGUACUGCAGCUACUAUGUGAAACCAGGAGGGUUCUCAAGGAGAUGCCAAAUAUCACCCAUCUUUCAACUUCUUACUCCAAGGAGAUAACUAUCUGUGGAGAUUUGCAUGGAAACCUGGAUGAUCUUUUGCUGAUAUUCUAUAAGAAUGGUCUGCCUUCAGAACAAAACCGUUAUGUCUUUAAUGGGGAUUUUGUUGACAGAGGGAAAAACUCUAUGGAAAUACUUAUAAUCCUCUUCGCAUUUCUUCUUAUCUACCCCAAUGAUUUACACUUAAAUAGAGGAAACCAUGAAGACUACAUCAUGAACCUGAGAUACGGCUUCACAAAAGAAGUUUCGAAGAAGUACAAGGACCACGGGAAACAGAUUUUGUGUCUUCUGCAAGAUGUCUUUAGCUGGCUUCCCCUUGCCACUAUAAUUGAUAGCAAAGUUCUUAUCCUACACGGAGGGAUUUCAGACACCACAGAUUUGGAUUUCCUGAAUGCACUCAAGAGAAAUAAGUUGAAGUCUUUGAUGCGGCCACCGAAUUCAGUGAGAGACACACAGCACCAAGGGAAGGAGAGAAUUCCCACAACCAGACCCAGUAAACAUAUUGCCAACCAGAAUGUUGCAGGGAAAACACAACACAUCUCUUCAUCAGGCUCCACUGAGCCUUCAGGCUCACAUUUGCCACCAGACCCUGCCCUGAAGGAAUGGAAACAAAUCCUUGACAUUCUCUGGAGUGAUCCAAGAAGCCAAAAUGGCUGUACACCAAAUAAGUGUCGAGGGGGAGGUUGUUACUUUGGUCCUGAUGUCACUGCCAAGCUGUUUGAAAAGUAUAACCUGAAGAUGCUCAUCAGAUCUCAUGAAUUUAAGCCAGAAGGUUAUGAGAUCAGUCACAAUGGGAAGGUUAUUACUAUAUUUUCUGCCUCUAACUAUUACGAAGAGGGGAGCAACCGGGGAGCAUAUAUCAAACUGAAUCCUGAACUGAUUCCUCGGUUUGUACAGUAUCAAGUCAGCAAGUACACACGCAGGCAGAAUCUUCGGGAGAGGGUGGGUACAAUUGAAUCAUCUGCCUUAAAGUCCUUACGAGAGAAGAUUUAUGCUCACAGAUCUGAACUCACUAGUGCUUUUGCACAGUAUGACCUCAAAGGCACAGGCAGGAUUUCUGUCAACAACUGGGCUGAAGCCAUGGAGUCUGUCCUACAGCUGGAACUGCCCUGGAGGAUGCUGCAGUCUCAGCUAGCACAGAUGAACCCAGAUGGAGAAAUUGACUUCAUGUCAUGCUUUUACGAUUUGAAAAUAGGCCAACCUAUAAAAGAGACCCAGGUUCAGCCAGCUUUGGUGGAAACACUGUGCAGAUACAGAAAGGAUCUGGAGAUCAUCUUUAAUGUCAUCGACAAAGAUCACUCAGGUCUGAUUUCUCUUGAGGAGUUCAGCCAGACAUGGAAACUCUUCACUUCUCACCUGGGCAUUGAUGCAGAUGAUGAAUCCAUUGACAAGUUAGUCCUCAGCAUAGACUACAACAAAGAUGGCCACAUCGACUUCAAUGAAUUUUUAGAGGCCUUUCAUGUGGUUCAUAGACUAGAGAAAAAGGCAAACUCAUGAAAGGGCAGAACGUCUUCUGGGCUGUUUGGGAAGCUCACCUUGCUGUCAUUUGUCGUAAGCGGUCUGGGAAACCCAUUUCCAGACUGACAACAAAUGGUAAGCACUGUGGUCACCGUGUAAGCCUUUCUUUAGUCCCUUCUGGGUGAUAUAUACCUGCUAGUAAUGAGACAGGAGAGAUGAAAACCCAGUACUUAAGAGUACUGCCACAUCAGUGCAUCACAAAUUACUCCCCCUCCUGUGCUGGCAUCUCCCCCAUCAAUCUCACCUGUGAACACUGCCGAGGUCACACCUACAACCAGGAGAAAUGUUGGUACAUUUCUUUCAGCAGCCUUAGCGACAGCUGAGAAAUAGCACUGGUGGCUACAAGGAACAUAUCAGACCCUCCCUGGCAACGUUAACAGGCAGGACAGAGGCCGGCGAGGGGCUAGCCAGCUCAGGAGAGGGAAACGGGGAAGAAGAACCAUCUAGUUCAAAUGGGUAGUUCUGCAUUUAAUCUUGCUCUUUGCAUGAUGCAGCGGAAAUAAAACAUUCCGGGUCACUGUAUCCUCCUUGAAGUUUACAGACACAGCUUAAAGGAGCUUAGUUGAAAAGCAUUCACACUUGCACUAGAUUUCCUCUUGCCACUGGCUACUUUUCCCUACAUUUGUUGGGGUUUGGAGUUAGGACUGUUUCUUAGCUCGUCACCUUAAUAAAGGCUAAACCCAUAGCAUGUUAAUGUAACGGAUGAUAGAUCACAAAAUAAAGCUUUAGCUUUCACAGUAAUGUUUAAGUAUGGUGUCUUCUUGCCUGUAUUUUGGUAUCCUACACAUAAUCAGAGUACACCACACUUUUCCCGAGAUGAACUGGAUAUCUUUUAAAAAAAAGAGAUGAGUAAGAACACAAAAGGAAACAAACUUUGAUACUACCGAACCUAAAUACUCUUACAUAUAGUUAAGCAUAAAUUCUUUACCAAGUAAACCGAGAAAUUCUGAAACUGAGUUUUUGGAACACAGCAAGAUGGCAGAGUCCAGCGCCCCUGGCCUCCCCCAAGGCUUCAAGCCAAAUGUUGGCUCCUGGCGGGGAGAACAGGGAGACCUGGACCUCAUGCUCUUGCACGCCACACUCCGAGAGUGACACACUGGUAUGAAG